AUGCAAGCUCUGCAACUGAACUUGCCUUUAUCCAUUUACAAUAAUACUCUCACAACUCCACAAACUCCUAAAACCUUCCCCUCCAGAAACCAAUCGCGCCCACUGCAUGGCCGCUUCGCUCCACUUCUUGCAACUAACACAGAUGUAGCUGUAAUAAAACAAGCAGAUAUUGCUACUACCAGUACCUCCGAUGACCCUGAGCCUUUGCCGGAUGGGCUCCUUUUAGAGUUGAUGCCACGUCAUGUGGCGGUUAUUAUGGAUGGAAACGGAAGGUGGGCCAAGCAGCAAGGGUGGCCACCGUCCAAAGGCCAUGAGGCUGGCGUACGCUCAUUGAUGGAGAUUAUGAACCUUUGUGGUCACUGGGGGAUUAAAGUUCUUACAGUUUUUGCCUUUUCUUGUGAGAAUUGGACUAGGCCUAAGGUGGAGAUCGACUUCUUGAUGAGUUUGUUUGAAAGAGUGUUAAAGUCUGAAUUAGAAAAUCUUUUGAGGGAAGGUAUCCGGGUGUCCAUUAUUGGAGACGUAUCGAAGCUCCCAGAGUCCCUGCAGAGAUUGAUUAGAGAAGUAGAGGACACAACUAAAGACUACUCGAAACUUCACCUUCUGGUGGCAGUUAGCUACAGUGGGAAAUAUGAUGUUGUAAAAGCAUGUAGAAACAUUGCUGGCCGAGUAAAGGAAGGUGCUAUCGAACCGGAAGACAUUAGCGAAGACCUAAUCGAACAAGAGCUGGAAACAAACUGCUCUGAGCAUCCCUCGCCUGACCUAUUAAUCCGAACCAGUGGGGAACUUAGAAUCAGUAACUUCUUGCUGUGGCAGUUGGCCUACACUGAACUUUACUUUGCAGAAGAACUGUGGCCUGAUUUUGGGAAAGAUGGUUUUGUAGAGGCCUUAACUUCAUUCCAACAAAGGCAGAGACGCUACGGCCAACGAAAAUGAUAAUACAAUAUUAUGCCCAGCAGCAGCAGUAAUGUAUACGAAGAGGUCGUGGGUGAUUUUAACUCGAGCUCUGUUCAUGAUUUAUUGUGCUUCAAACUCCAUGAAGUCAUUGCUAAGCUAGCUAGUAGAAUAAUGCGCCUACCGGAGUCAUGACAGGUGCUUGAUGUAUAUAUGUAAUAAAAAACGACAGUAUUAUACUUAUAUAAUAAUAUACAAACUUUUCGUUUCAUUGAAA